GCGCACUCAGCUGGAAUAGCCUACAGAACGACAGCUGGGACUCAGAAGGGAACGCUUUGCUUCUAAGGAUGCAAUGUGUAGACAAACGAAGUAGCGCGGACAUCAAACGGUCAACAUUAAUUAUUCAUCACAGUACGUUGCUGCGACACGUACGCGCUCUACGACCUCGUAAAAAAACAUCAAUCGUUUAGUCAGUCAGAUCUAGGUUAUGUCAUGGAUAGCCUGCACCUUAAUUAGAAGACAUCUACUAUUAGUACUUAGUAAGUGUACGUGUCUAUUUAGAUUCAAGCGAAGCGCAUAUCUGUCAUAUUCAAAAGUCCAAGUGCAAAGGUGAAGCGCGCUGUCAAUGAGAAUCAUCACCAUCAUCAUCAUUUCUAAGUGAAUCAUGAUGCUGAUGCGCCGGAGUACGCUGAGGUGUUCAGUGAAGGAGAUACAGUUAGACUAGAGAAUUUCCCCUCAAAAAAAAAAAAGAAAAAAAAAGAAAGAAAAAUCGCUUCCUCAGAAUAACUAUUCCUAACAAUGUUUUCCGAGCAGGCUGAUUUGAACUACAGCUUUAACAUGAGCGAGGAAGACCGGUUAACUCCUCUGGACGAGGACUGGAACGACUCGCCGGUGGAGACGCUCUCUCGCGCGGGCUUCAUCGCCCUGUCCGUGUUCCUCGGAUUCAUAAUGACUUUUGGCUUUUUCAACAACUUUAUUGUAUUAGUCCUCUUCUGUAAAUUCAAGAUGCUCCGGACGCCGGUGAACAUGCUGCUUCUUAACAUUAGCGUCAGUGACAUGCUGGUGUGUUUGUUUGGGACGACCCUGAGCUUUGCGUCCAGUGUGCGGGGACGGUGGCUACUCGGACGGAACGGCUGCAUGUGGUACGGCUUCAUCAACUCAUGCUUCGGUAUCGUGUCUCUAAUAUCCUUGGUGGUUCUUUCUUACGACCGCUACAAUACAUUGACGAUGUACCAUAAACGUGGUCCAGACUAUCGCAAAGCUCUUUUGGCAGUAGGGGGUUCCUGGCUGUACUCUUUGAUCUGGACAGUGCCCCCUCUUCUGGGCUGGAGUAGUUACGGGCUGGAGGGAGCGGGAACCAGCUGUUCUGUAUCAUGGACCCAGCGCACGGCCCAGUCCCAUGCCUACAUCAUCUGCCUGUUUAUAUUCUGCUUGGGCUUACCAGUACUCAUCAUGGUCUACUGCUAUGGAAGACUCCUCUAUGCUGUCAAACAGGUGGGGAAAAUACGCAAGACAGCAGCACGGAAGCGGGAAUACCAUGUUUUGUUCAUGGUUAUCACCACCGUGGUGUGUUAUCUUUUGUGCUGGAUGCCAUAUGGUGUCGUGGCCAUGAUGGCUACAUUUGGCAAGCCAGGAAUCAUCUCACCUGUGGCCAGUGUGGUUCCCUCUCUCCUCGCAAAGAGCAGCACAGUCAUCAACCCGCUAAUAUACAUCCUGAUGAACAAACAGUUUUACAGGUGCUUCCGCAUCUUGUUCUGCUGUCAGAGGAGUUUGAUGCCGAAUGGUCACACAUCCAUGCCCUCCAAGACCACAGUCAUCCAGCUCAACCGUAGAGUCUACAGUAACACUGUAGCCUGCACAGCCCAGAUCUCCACCGGCAUCCACAACUGCAGCACGGAGAGAACCAACCCCCCAGAGGUCAGCCCUUAACCUGAGUCAUCCCAGACCAGGAUGUGGAUGAUGAUCGUCGACCCUGCCUUGUUUUACUGAAUGUACCAGUCUCAUUCAACUGGUUUUCUUGGUCUUGGCCUUUUUCAUCCUUCUCCAUUAACUAGACAACUCAUUCACUCUACACAGUUUUCCUUUUACAGCUGCAUCAAUGAAUAAAAAAUAAAAAAAAGAAAAGAAAUGAAAAAGAAAAUGGUUCUAUACUGUCUCGGGAGAGUAAGACUGGUAUAUUACUGUGUCUAUCUGCUAAAUAAUUCAUUUUGUCACCUUUAACACAUAAACAAGCAAAUACACACUACCAUUCAGAAUAGUGGGGUCAGGAAGUUAUUUAAUUUGAAAAGAAAUUCAUUAUUUAAUUCAGCUGACAUUUUGAACCUAGUUCUGGCUGCUAAAAACUCAGCUUUGCCAGCACAGGAAUAAAUUACAAAACCUAUUUAAAUCAUGAUCAUUUUACAAUUUUCUUUUUUUUUUUUUUUUAAGAAAUGGAGCCUUGGAGCCAUAAAGAACUUUCAAAAAAACUAAAAUCCUUUACAAGGCAAAACUUUUGAAAGUUUAGAUGUACUAAAAGACCAAAACACCCAUUUAUGAUUCCACAUUACUUUACUUUAACCGUUCUGCUGCUUCUCAAAAUGAAAGUUUUUAAAAAGAAUCUGCUAAGUAUAUUGUAACUUUUGUAUAUUUAUUUGAAACCAUUUUUGCACAACAUGUGAAGCAUGCUUUUUUUCAGCUUAAUUUGCACAUUAGGCAAGACGUGGAAUAUCAGAUUUAAUAAAUUAUUUAAGUAUUUGUAGCCCUGCCUUUCCCAUUUAUUUUAAAUAUCCUUUUAUUGUCUUUAACUGUUUAAAAUGAAGAGUUUCUUCUGGUUAAUGUUUCAUUUGAACUAGUCAAUUGUUAUCAUUGAAUCAAUGUCAUCAAGUUUCAACUAUGCUGAUAUUGCACAAGGCAUUGAGCAGUAUUUCCUUUGUUAUAUGUCUGUCAAACAAACUCUGAAGGAAAAAAAAUGUAGCCAUACUGCACACUAAUGAAAAAAAAUUUGACAUGUCAUGAAUUACAUAUUUGAGUGUAACAAUCUUGCUUUUUUCUUGCUUUUUUAAAAACAGGUUAUUUGUUACCAAUACCAAAGAGGGCACUCUUAUCUGUUCCAUCAUCCCUCAUAUAUUGUUCCAUUUCUCCCAGUUAUGUAUCAUAUGAUGAGUUCUAUUGCAGUCUUGAGCCCAGGUCACUGAUGUAUAGAAAACUAGAAUAAAAUUGCAGGCACACUGAUUCAGAGCACUUUACAACUGUGAUAACGACAGUGUUUCAGGAACAACGCAAUAAGUAUAUAUAUAUAAAAAAAACAUUUCCACAGAGGGAACAUUCAUCCAUAAUUCAUGCAUAAUACACAGGUAUGAAAGACUCGCUUGGGGUCCUCAAUUACUUCUCAGAGGGAUUUU